CACGCGAGCAGGGCGAGGCGACGGGCGCUCAGGCUGGCGGAGACGGGCGGCCCCACGCCGGGCCAGGCGGGGCCAGCGGGAGGACCCAGUGAAGAGCCCGAGAAAGGGGCGAGGCUCAGUGGCAGCCGGAGCAGAGGGGGCGCCAGUCCGCGUUGCUGUCGCGGGCGGGCGCAGGAGGCAGGGGACGCCGGGGCGCGGACCGACUGACUUACUGACCGACCGCUGCAGGCACACCCCGCUCCACCCCGCCGGCGCCACCUCCCCCACGCUACUCUCUCAGCCACCCCUUCCUUCUCCACUUCUUUUCCGCCUCCGCUUCUUCUAGGCUCCCGCGGCGCCUGUGCCUUCCCCUGGCCCAGGUGGGGCGCCUCGACUCCCUGCAGAGCUCUCCAUAGAGUCAGGGGGGACGCUUCCUUCUAGCGGAGAACCUACCCCUGAGCUGGGCGAGAGGUGCUGAGGGAGCUUCUGCCCUGAGGAUCAGGGGAUGCGAAGGGAUCCCCUCCUGCGAUCUCUUUCCCAGUCACUUUGAGUCUGGCCUAAUCGAAGGCUGAGGUUAUGAAGUCGAUCCUAGAUGGCCUUGCAGAUACCACCUUCCGCACCAUCACCACAGACCUCCUCUACGUGGGCUCGAAUGACAUCCAGUACGAAGACAUCAAAGGCGACAUGGCAUCCAAAUUAGGGUACUUCCCACAGAAAUUUCCUUUAACUUCUUUUAGGGGCAGUCCCUUCCAAGAAAAGAUGACUGCAGGAGACAACGCCCAGUUAGUCCCAGUAGACCCGGGAAACAACAUUACAGAAUUCUACAACAAGUCGCUCUCAUCCUACAAGGAGAAUGAGGAGAAUAUCCAGUGUGGGGAGAACUUCAUGGACAUGGAGUGCUUCAUGAUUCUGAACCCCAGCCAACAGCUGGCCAUCGCCGUGCUGUCCCUCACACUGGGCACCUUCACGGUUCUGGAGAACCUGCUGGUGCUCUGUGUCAUCCUCCACUCCCGUAGCCUCCGCUGCAGGCCUUCCUAUCACUUCAUUGGCAGCCUGGCAGUGGCAGACCUUCUGGGGAGUGUCAUUUUCGUCUACAGCUUCGUUGACUUCCACGUGUUCCACCGCAAAGAUAGCCCCAACGUGUUUCUCUUCAAACUGGGCGGGGUCACAGCCUCCUUCACUGCCUCUGUAGGCAGCCUGUUCCUCACGGCCAUCGACAGGUACAUAUCUAUUCACAGGCCCCUGGCCUAUAAGAGAAUCGUCACCAGGCCCAAAGCCGUGGUGGCCUUUUGCCUGAUGUGGACCAUCGCGAUUGUAAUUGCUGUGCUGCCUCUCCUGGGUUGGAACUGCAAGAAACUGCAAUCUGUCUGCUCAGAUAUUUUCCCACUGAUUGAUGAAACCUACCUGAUGUUCUGGAUCGGGGUCACCAGCGUGCUGCUGCUGUUCAUUGUGUAUGCAUACAUGUAUAUUCUCUGGAAAGCUCACAGCCACGCAGUCCGCAUGAUUCAACGUGGAACUCAGAAAAGCAUCAUCAUCCACACGUCAGAGGAUGGCAAGGUACAGGUGACCCGGCCGGACCAAGCCCGCAUGGACAUUAGACUGGCCAAGACCCUGGUCCUGAUCCUGGUAGUUUUGAUCAUCUGCUGGGGCCCUCUGCUCGCGAUCAUGGUGUACGAUGUCUUCGGGAAGAUGAACAAGCUCAUUAAGACGGUGUUUGCCUUCUGCAGUAUGCUCUGCCUGCUGAACUCCACCGUGAACCCCAUCAUCUAUGCUCUGAGGAGCAAGGACCUGAGACAUGCUUUCCGGAGCAUGUUCCCCUCAUGUGAAGGCACUGCGCAGCCUCUGGAUAACAGCAUGGGGGACUCGGACUGCCUGCACAAGCAUGCAAACAACACAGCCAGUGUUCACAGGGCUGCAGAAAGCUGCAUCAAGAGCACGGUCAAGAUCGCCAAGGUGACCAUGUCUGUGUCCACAGACACGUCCGCCGAGGCUCUGUGAGCCUGAUGCCUCUCUGGCAACACAGGAAAAGAAAUUCAUUUUUUUUUUUUUUUUAAGCUCAAAACCUAGAAGAGUCUGUCGUCUCAUUGGUUAUAUUUUUUUAAGUUUACCAUGCUCAGUGAAAAGGUGAUUGUCACCAUGCUCAUUUAUCAGUUCGUUGACAUUUCAAUAGUUUAAGUACUCAAACUCUGUUCUCCAGGGGUUUACAGUGAAGAAUGCCUGUUGCUCAAGUGACUGAAUGGCCCUUCAAAGUCUCAACGAAAUAGGAGGGAAACCUUUGGCUACAUGAUUUUAAGUCUAAAGUACCCAUAGAAAAAUGCCAUCAGAUGAGUAAUGCCUUUGUAACCACAACUUUCAUUAUAAAUGUGACGUGUAUUUGUUCAUAGUAUCAGAGGUGUCAAUUUUUACAACAGUUAUAGCACUAAAGUAGAGAUAUUUUGUAAAAUGUAUUGUGUCCUGUGAGUUGUGUGUCAGUGUUUCCUAUGUGUUGUGUAUAUUUGUCUAGUUAAGCAAAACCAAAAGGUUGACUUUUAUGAGAACAAUGGAACACAGCAGUGGAUAUAUGCCAAUGAGACCACUUUUCAAAAGUAUUAUUGCCCAUGAUCUAACUUUAGAAACCUUAAUAUUUCUUGAAAUAUCUAAAUUUGACACUGAGAUACCUAAAGGUUUAUUUUUCUCUUAAGACAACAAGAAGAAUUUGAAGACUGUCCAAAGUAUUGAGCAGAAUUCAUUGACACUUAAAAAUUGGUUAGCCCUGCAUUUUCAUAAGAGGACACUUAUCUUCUAGAUCAUAGAUGUUCUGUUGGGUAAUGGAUUAUAAUCAGAAUGGAAGAGAGAAAGCAUAUUGACUUUUUUUAGGCUGACAUCUCUGACUUUCUUUAGUCGUUAGCUAAUUACUGAACCUCUUAAGACAGCAUGUGUCAAUCUUAAUGUAUAUUGUAUCUCUGUGCAGUUGCUGUUUACUUGAAGAGUAUUGCAUUCUUCUAUUCCAAGUGUAAGUAGAUUCCAUCCCUGGGUGGUCAAAUAAUAGUCUUUUUUUUUAAAAAUCAAAGUAUUGUCUGGAUCAGUAAAAUUAUACUGUGUGUGAAUGUGAAUAUAAAUGUGUGUAUAUGUGUGUUUCUAUCUUGUACUGUUAACAGCAGUGUCAUAAAGUGAGACAACUGUGACCAAGUGUAAACUGUACCACUUGCUGUACUCUUGCACAUGAAUUCAGUUUCUAAAAUUGAGUUCUUCCAGAAAUCUUCUGAUAAAAAUUCUGAGAAAAUCAUUCAGAGAAAAUUCUCCUCCUUGAGAGAGAGAUUGAAUUAAUAAAUUGACCUUUAGAUAUUAUGUGAGACCAGUUCAUAACAAGAAGUAAUCAAUGACAGGUUCCCAAGUAAAGGUUUGUAUUUACAGUAUUACUGUGGGGGAAAUGAGAGUGUUUGGGUUUCUGAGCACCUAAUAUUUACCAAGGUUAUGGAGAUAUAGAUCAUUAAAAAGUAAGAUGGUUCUAAAAUCCCCAAACAGUAAUGUUCGUUAGUUUGUGUAUAGGUAGUGUGACCCAAGUUUCAUCAGCAUGGUAUACCUCACACUACAGUAGCACUGCCAGGUCCAGGUCAUGUGGCUUAGGGAGGCUGAAUCCAACAGUGGCAGUGAAGAGCCACCACACCUGGGGCUGAGGCCUGGGCCAUGGAUGCUGUUUCUCUGCUUUGCCCAGAUGUCCUUGGUGUUAGCCUGGCACCUGGCUUUGUGUCAGUCAUUGUGGAAUAGCCUUUUCCUCUGCUUCCUGGUGGCAAGAUAUGCUAAAGCCUAAGCUGGCUUGCUUUCUACUGAUGCCCCAAUCUCAGACUCCUUAUUGGUACCAUGGGUGCUCAGAAUUGAACCCUUUUCCAGUAAGGAAAGAUACUGCUUGAGAAGCCACUUAACCCUGACAAACUUUACUUACUUAUAAUCUCUCCUUAUACAGAUAAAGCAUGACUCCUAGAGAACAUGAGGCCUGCAGUGCAUGAAAGUGAAGUGUCUAUUUCUAGCUCUCAUGAUACCCCAGCAGCCUGGUGGGGUGGUUCCACUUCUUGCAGUUUAUGUUCUAAGAUGGAAUGGGGCCCAUGGACCAAGCUAGGAUUUAGCUAGAAUCUGCCUGUUGGCUCCCUCACUUUACCUCUGUGUGAAAUGAAGCAAGGGCUCAGGGUGCUGGAGGAUUAAGAUUUCUUUAGAAGGAAAGAAAAUGAUUGACAUAAAAGGAUUCACCAGAGUCUAGUUUCCAUUUAAGAAUUUCCAGUCUUUUGUCCUGGAUCACUCUAAAUAUUAAUCUGCAUGUCUUAGAGCUCACCAGGCAGUACCAACUCUUUUCUCACAGCUAUGAAGACCUGGUGGAGAGGAAAUUCUUAUCAUAGAUAUAAAAAAUUCAGAAUUCAUUUUUGAAACUGUAUUUGUGUGAAUGCCAUGUAGAUUUUUUAGUAUGUUGUGCUUUUAAGACCUAAAUCAUAUAUAAUAAAUUAAGGGACAAUGGGGCUGACAGCACUAAACUCGGUGCUUAUUGAUAUUUUAAGAAAUAUCUGUGAAAUAUCAUCACGUGUGUGUUAUACUACCUUCAUUUAAAAACGUUUAAAAUGAGUUGGAUUCACUUUGACACUUCUCAUAUCAUUUCCUAACCCAAGUGACUAAGAUGUUCUCCCCAAUGAAUAUACUCAUUAGAAUUACCAUUCAUUAGUAUCAUUCAUUAGCUGAUCCCUUAAUUAUAUCCAUUAAUUUAAAUACAGUUUAAAUUUAAGUAUUUAUAAGCUCUGGCAUCAGAGUCCUCUACUGUCCCCCUAAGAUGACAUAUUUGUCCUCACCGUGCAUUCUGUCAUCACUUGUCUUCAGAAAGGGCCAAAUUCCCAGCCCACUCAAUUUCUUCAUAAUAAUGAUGAUUCAGUCCUAGACUAGCAGUUUCAUUUAGAACAGUCAGGUUGUCUCCAAGAACCUCUAAUUUUUCAUUACAUAUUAAAUAUAUGUAAAAGAAAUUAGAUCUGGGAGAUGCUGCAGUCACAUACCUGCAAUUGAGAUGAUUCCCAGACUUCCCUGGCACUUUUCAGUCAGUUCUGUCUGGUAUUGAAUGUCCAGGAUUUUUUGCUGCCUAAACCAACUUUGCAGGAAAGAGGCCCAACCACCAAAUGAGAAUCAGGCCCUCGGAUGAGUAGCACUCUAGUUACGGUUCUGUUGAUUAAUUUUUGCCAUUUCACAUCUGUAAAAGAGACCACCAAUAUCAUGCACAAAAUUAGAUUUCUCACACUCUAACUGUAUAUUUGUAUGAUAUUUUAAAAUCUCCGAAAUGCUGGGCAACGGCUGUUCACAAUCGUCUUGCACUGGCCUUCUGAUGAAGUGUUAACAAUGCCUAUUGUAAUAUAGACAAAAGACUCUGGGCUGAAUGUAUGUAUAUAGGUUUUAAAGGGUCAGAUGUUUAAGCAGUGGCUUACAAAUCAGUACUUUUCAGAUAGGAGAGUUUCUUUACAUUGCUGUGACAUCCUAAAAGCUCUCUUCAUGUAAUCUUACUGGACUAGGCCUCCUGGGGAUCAGAGUCCCCAAGAAAGAAAACUUUUUCUUGUAAUAGUAUGAAUCAAGAUACCAGAUUAUCUGAAUUCUUAUUUCCAGUGUUUCAAGUGGAAAAUGUAACUCUUUAUUGUCUGUAAAUCUAACAUUAUUACUUUUCCUCUUAGAAGAAUAUUGUAUUGUUAGAUGUUUGUUGAACUGGUAAUAUCCUUGCAACCGCUGUAAUAUCUUCGUUAGUAAUCUGUAUAAUACCUUGUAUACAAGUAAUGGUAAGAUUGUUAUUAAAUGUAGCUUCAGUCAUUAAGUAACUAUAGCAAAGUAGUACUUCUGUAAUAUUUACAAUGUAUUAAGCCCAUAGUAUAUUUUAUUUCAUUGAUGUAAUUUAACUGUUAUUUAUUCAAGAGAAAACAUUUCAUCCUGUCUAUUGUCCAAAGUUACCUGGAAUCAAAUAAAAUUCUAGAUUAUCAUGAA